AUUUUCUGGAAACAGAUCAUAAAUAUACCAGCAAUCUCAAUCCCAAGCGAUCCAUGCCACUAUGAUCUCUAUGGCUCUGGAAAUCGAAAAUGACAAACUAGAAAACGAGCUUGAUUUGCAAAUUAAAUUGGACAGAAUACGAGCAAAUCAAUCCUCCUCCCAGGAAAAUCAAAGAAAGCUAGCUUUGAUUUUAUCAGUCGUUGAAGACAACAUUGAUGAACAGAAAAACUCAAGGAACCCUGUCGCUUACUUUGUUAGUUUCUUAGCUCUACUAUUGCAGGCCUUCAAAGAUGACCAAGUAAUUGAUCAGGAUUUGGCCAUUGCUUCCAGUUAUUUUUUGGAUUUGAUACUACCUUUCACACCAAAAAAUUUACUAAAACUCAAAUUCAAUGAUAUAUUCCAAAAGCUAAUCCACGUUUUAAUUAACUCUGGAAAUGAAGCUCCUAUUUUGAAAUCCUCAAUCGGUUGCUUAGAGACUUUAAUCUUAGCUCAGGAUUUAAAUUCUUGGAAAACCAAUUCCUCUGUUAAAAAGAGUUUGUUGGCUCUAUUAAAUCUCGGUUUAGACGAUAGACCAAAAGUCAGAAGAAGAGCCUCUGAUGCUGUCCAUAAGAUUUUAUCAAAUCCUCAUCCAAAGAACUUCACUGAAAACUUGUUGACUCAAGUAGACCCUCCAAAAGCACAUUAUGCCUCUUUAACAGCCACCAAUUUUAUACUCGAUGAAUUUCAAAACUACAAAGAUCUUAAAGCUUCCAUUACGAAUAACAAUAAACAAAAUAUUAAUAAUGGCAACAGCACUACAACCAAUAACGCCACUGAAUUGAUCCAUUUACUUCAAUUGACUUCAUCAAUUACAACUGCAAAUGCCUGGUCGGUUUCAAAAACUCAACCUUUAUGUAACAUUUUAUUAGAAAUUGCAAGGAAUUCAGAUAAAUAUCUAGUUUCCACUUCUUUAAAUGUUCUCACCACCUUAUUUCAAAUUCAAUCUUCUAAAAAUGAUUCACAAUUUCUUGAAAAUAUUUUAAAAAUUAUAAUUGAUUUAAAACCUUCACUAAACGAUACUCAUUUAACUGGUGCUUGGGUCAAGGUUUUGGUCGAUGGUAUAUCCACUUAUUCAAAACUGUCUGAUCCAUUAAAUUUAAUUAAAUUAAUUGCAAACUUUAUUAAAAUCUUGUCAAAUUACUUAAAUUCUCAAUUGCCUGCCAUCUAUAUAAGCGCUUCAAAUGGUAUCAUUGCAAUCCUCUCAAAUUGUUUAACCGAAGAUUUGCUAUUACUACCAAGUAAAAACGAUUUAGACUCAAUUCAAAUUUAUGAACAAGUUGACGAUUUUAUAUCAUAUUUAUCCGAUUUAUUAAAUAACUUGUUAUCCGUUAAAUAUAACCAUUGUACCAAAGAAGUUUUACAAAUUUUUCAAGCACUAUUAUCAGGCUUUAAAUUUAGAUCUAACCCAGAUUUUUUAAACCCUUUAAAAAUUGUCGGUGAUUGGAGAACAAAAGAACAAUCAAAUUUCGAUUACAAUACAGAAACUGAAAACGUAAUUGCAACUGCUAUUUAUGAAUUGGGUCCUGAUGUUGUCUUAUCAAUCUUGCCUUUAAAUUUAACAAAUUCCUCACCCGAUAAACCAGGCAGAGCUUGGUUACUACCUUUAUUAAGAGAUAACGUUUUCAAUUCAAAGUUAAAUUAUUAUAUUAAAGAAAUUUUGCCUAUGACUGAAUUUUUCAAAAAUAAAAUUUCAACCAUGAAUAAAUCUUCUUUAAAUAUUAAAGUUUUUGAAACUAUUAUAGAUCAAAUUUGGUCUUUAUUACCAAAAUUUUGUGAUUUACCCACUGAUUUAAAAGAAAGCUUUACAAAAGACAUUGCUCAACAUUUAUCCUCAUUACUAUACUCAAACCCUGAAUUAAGAUUAACCAUUUGUAAUGCAUUGAAGUUAUUACUUAAUAGUAAUUUAAACUACUCCAAAACUGAAAUUAGUAGUAAAUCAUUAAUUCAACAACAUUUUCCAGUUUCAAAUGCAAAAGAAAAUAUUCAAUUUUUAUCUAUAAUGGCCAAUAAUUUUCUAUCCGUUUUAUUCAAUGUUUAUACUCAGACUGCUUCUCAAAGUAGAAGUUAUGUCAUUGAAACUAUAGAUUUGUUUUUACAAAUUAUAUCGACUGAUGAAUUAGCAAGUAUAUUUGAUAAUACUUGUAAUUUAUUGCAAAACGCAUUAAAUGAAGAAACUAAAUUAUUAGAGAAUCAACAAAAACUUUCAAGUAAUAAUGAAACAUCAAGAACCAGUGUUAGUCUAUUAGAUCUCGUUGUUUCAAUGGUCAAAUAUGUGCCAGAAUCUGCUUAUAACCCAUUAUUUACAAUUUUUGUCAAUACAAUAAACUUUAAUGAUUCAUUAAUUCAAAAAAGAGCAUAUAGAAUUAUCACAAAGUUAAGUGAAAGUGAAACUGGUAAAUUAGCUCUUUUGCAUUAUAUCAGUGAUAUUGAAAGGGUUCUAAUUGAAUCUAUUGAUUCAGUUAUAAUUUCAGCCAAACCUUCCAGAUUAGCUGCAAUUAAUGUUGUAUUAGAUUUAUUACCUAAAAAAGAUUUGUUUUUCAUUCCAUCAAUCGUAUCAGAUACAAUUUUAUCGACAAAGGAUGUUAAUGAAAAAUCAAGGGAAUUAUCAUACUCAAUUUUAAUUAAAAUGGGUAAAAAGAUGUCUGAAGGUGGAACUGUCCAAAAUUCCAAAGUUCCAGGAUUUUCACAAGAUCAACCAGAUGUUGAAGCAUCAUUGGAACUAUUUUUUAACAUAGUAUCUGCUGGUUUAGCAGCAAAUUCGCAACAUAUGAUAAGUGCGACAAUAACAAGUAUCUCAUGUUUAGUUUAUGAAUUUCAAGAUAAUAUACCUCAACAUUUAUUAGUUGAAUUGGCACAAACUAUUGAAUUGUUUUUGACAUCAAAAAGUAAAGAGAUUAUUAAGAGUGCUAUUGGAUUUGUUAAAAUAGAAGUGGUUUCAUUACCAAAAGAAAUUAUUGAGAAUAAUUUAGAAGAGUUAUUGAAAAACUUGAUGCAGUGGUCUCAUCAGCAUGCAGGACAUAUUAAAUCCAAAGUCAAACACAUUGUUGAAAGAUUAAUAAGAAAAUUUGGUUAUGAAGUAAUUGAAGCUAAUAUUCCAGAAGAAGAUAAAAAAUUAAUAGUUAAUAUUAAAAAAAGUAGAGCCAGGGCUAAAAGAAAACAACAGAAUAUCAAAGAAAAUGGAGAAGUUAAUGCAGAAAGUAAUAAUAAUGGAAAUAACAACAAUAGAAAAGGCGAGUUAAUGUCAGGAUAUGAAAAAGCGAUAUAUGAUUCCGAAGAUUCUGACGAAUAUAUGUCAGAUGAUGAAGAUGAAGAUGAAGAAGAAGAAAUUAGUAGAAAAAGUAGAAAAAGUAAAAAAAAUAGAAAUCAGCAAUAUAUCUUUGAAUCCAAAGACGAGCCUCUUAAUUUAUUGGAUAAACAGACAUUAUCCCAUAUCUCGUCUACUAAACCAAAAUUCAAUCAGAAUUCAAAUAAUAGUAAGAGAACACCAAAGGACAAAUUCAAAACCAAGGAAGGUAAAUUAUUGAUCAAUGAAGACGGUGAGGACGAUGAUCCUUUCAAAGAUAAAGAGCAAACAUUGCCCAAUGGAAUCGACGCUUAUGUUGAUGCCAUAAAGUCCGGUCCUGUGAGAGGUCAAAGAAACAGAUUCAAGUACAAGAAGGAAAACAGAAAGAGCAAUGAUCUUGGAGAUGAAGAUAUGGAUGCCAGUGUGGAAAAAAAGACAAAGGUGAACAACAAAAGAUUUGUGGGCAAAGGCAAAAUCAGUAAGGGUCCCAGACAGCAGAAAUUCAAGUCGCGCAGAAGACUAUAAGAAGGCUCUAAUUUUAUACACUUUAUACACUCUUGUAGCCAAUAGAAAUGGUUGAAACACGUAAAAUUGUUGAGGUUAUACCUCUUUGUGACCUGUCUGCCGAAUCUGGAACACGCGCCAUCAGACUGGUCACAAAAC